CCAACUCUAAGCGAGGAGUGGAGCGCGUGUCUACAGACGCUUAAGGGCUAUAGCCAUAAGGUCUUCUUAGUGGCCUUCUCGCCCGACUCGACGCGGCUGGCGUCGGCGUCCUACGAUAGAACUAUUAAGAUAUGGGAUACGAGCAUCGGCACGUGUCUAUAG